AUGUAUCAUACUUUUGAACGUAUGUAUAAUAUUAUUUAUUAUGCCUUUCAAUGGCUCGGUAUAGCAGUUUUCUUCUUAUACUUAACAUCAUUAAUAUUAUAUGUUCCUCCUAUAACUUCAGUCUCACAUAAUACAACGAGUAGUAUUAAAGCAUAUAGAAAGAGCUCUUUCUCUGAUUUUACAAUUGAUUUAGAUGUUGACUUUACACAAUCAUUCAAUUGGAAUACAAAAAUGAUUUUUGUUUGGGUCAAAGCAUCCUUUAUAGAUGAAAAAAUUCCACAUAACACAGCAACUGUUUGGGAUACUAUGAUCAGAAAGAAAGAAAGGGCUCAUUUACAAUUAACAAACGAAAGAAUUGAAUACCCCUUAGUCAGCGUCCAUAAUAAUUUACUUGGAAAAGAAGUUAAUUUAACAGUUGAAUGGAUGGUUAUCCCAUGGAGUGGUGCUACUACUGUUGAACAUGGAAAUUCUACUACAUUCGUACUUCCUACUGAAUUUUCUAAAUAA